AUGGACGCCGCGGAGCCGCAGCCGGACCCCGACGGCGGGGACGCCUCGGGCCCCGAGCCCGGGGGCAGCCCCCAGGAAGAGUUCGACUUCUCCAUCCUCUUCGACUAUGACUAUUUGAAUCCCAUCGAAGAAGAAACGAGUGCACAUAAGGCCGGCAGCCCACCCUCCGGACUCGAAUACCCCGGUGAUGUCUUGGACUGCGGCCUCAAGCCGUACAGCCCCCUCGCCAGUCUCUCUGGCGAGCCCCCUGGCCGGUUCGCAGAGCCGGAUAGGGUAGGGCCCCAGAACUUUCUGAGCCCGGCCCAGCCAGCACGGGCCUCGGGCCCGAGCCCUCGGAUCGAGAUCACUCCGUCCCACGAACUGAUGCAGGCAGGGGGUUCCCUCCGCGCGAGAGACGCCGCCGGCCUUCUGCCAGAGCAGCCGCUGGUGGGGGCGGCCGCCGGCCCGAGGUUCACCUUGCCCGUGCCUGGCUUCGAGGGCUACCGCGAGCCGCUUUGCUUGAGCCCUGCGAGCAGUGGCUCAUCCGCCAGCUUCAUUUCCGACACCUUCUCCCCCUACACCUCGCCCUGCGUCUCGCCCAAUAACGGCGGCGGGCCGGACGACCUGUGUCCCCACUUUCAAAACAUCCCUACCCAUUAUUCCCCCAGAACGUCGCCAAUAAUGUCACCUCGAGCCAGCCUCGCCGAGGACAGCUGCCUGGGCCGCCACUCGCCCGCGCCCCGUCCGGCCUCCCGCUCCUCGUCACCUGGUGCCAAGAGGAGGCAUUCGUGCGCCGAGGCCGCGGCUGCCCCGCUGCCCGGAGCCUCACCCCAGCGCUCCCGGAGCCCCUCGCCGCAGCCCCGGGACGACGGCGCCCCCGCGGGCUACCCCCCCACGGCCGGCUCUGCCGUCCUCAUGGAUGCCCUGAGCAGCCUCGCCGGGGACGCGCCUUGCGGGGUUCCCCCGAAGAUGUGGAAGACCAGCCCUGACCCGUCGCCCGUGUCCACCGCCCAGGCCAAGGCCGGCCUGCCCCGCCACAUCUACCCGGCCAUGGAGUUCCUGGGGCCCUGCGAGCAGGAGGAGAGGAGGAACUCGGCGCCCGAGUCCAUCUUGCUGGUGCCGCCCACCUGGCCCAAGCAGUUGGUGCCUGCCAUCCCCAUCUGCAGCAUCCCAGUGACUGCGUCCCUCCCUCCACUGGAGUGGCCACUCUCCAGCCAGUCCGGCUCCUAUGAGCUACGGAUUGAGGUGCAGCCCAAGCCACACCACCGGGCCCACUAUGAGACGGAGGGCAGCCGAGGGGCCGUCAAAGCUCCAACUGGAGGCCACCCCGUGGUUCAGCUGCAUGGCUACAUGGAGAACAAGCCCCUGGGGCUGCAGAUCUUCAUCGGGACGGCCGACGAGCGCAUUCUCAAGCCGCACGCCUUCUACCAGGUGCACCGGAUCACGGGGAAAACCGUCACCACCACCAGCUACGAGAAGAUCGUGGGCAACACCAAAGUCCUGGAGAUCCCGCUGGAGCCUAAGAACAACAUGAGGGCCACCAUCGACUGUGCGGGGAUCCUGAAACUCCGCAACGCCGACAUCGAGCUGCGCAAGGGCGAGACGGACAUCGGCAGGAAGAACACGCGGGUGAGGCUCGUGUUCCGGGUGCACAUCCCCGAGGCCAGCGGCAGGAUCGUCUCCUUGCAGACGGCGUCCAACCCCAUCGAGUGCUCCCAGCGAUCCGCCCAUGAGCUGCCCAUGGUGGAGAGACAAGACACCGACAGCUGCCUGGUCUACGGGGGCCAGCAGAUGAUCCUCACGGGACAGAACUUUACGGCCGAGUCCAAAGUCGUGUUUACUGAGAAGACCACCGAUGGGCAGCAAGUUUGGGAGAUGGAAGCUACGGUGGAUAAGGACAAGAGCCAGCCUAACAUGCUUUUUGUCGAGAUCCCCGAGUAUCGGAACAAGCACGUCCGCACGUCUGUAAAGGUGAACUUCUACGUCAUCAACGGGAAGAGGAAACGAAGCCAGCCUCAGCACUUUACCUACCACCCAGUCCCAGCCAUCAAGACAGAGCCCACCGAUGAGUACGACCCCACUCUGAUCUGCAGCCCCGCCCACGGAGGCCUGGGGAGCCAGCCUUACUACCCGCAGCACCCGAUGGUGGCCGAGUCCCCCUCCUGCCUGGUGACCACCAUGGCCCCCUGCCAGCAGUUCCGCUCGGGGCUCCCGUCCCCUGACGCCCGCUACCAGCAGCAGAACCCGGCGGCCGUCCUCUACCAGCGGAGCAAGAGCUUGAGCCCCAGCCUGCUGGGCUACCAGCAGCCAGCCCUCAUGGCCGCACCCCUGUCCCUCGCGGACACGCACCGCUCGGUGCUGGUGCACGCCGGCUCCCAGGGCCAGGGCUCGGCCCUGUUGCACCCUGCGCCCGCCAACCAGCAGGCCUCGCCGGUGAUCCACUACUCGCCCACCAACCAGCCGCUGCGCUGCGGGAGCCACCAAGAGUUCCAGCACAUCAUGUACUGCGAGAACUUCGCGCCCGGCCCCGCCAGGCCCGGCCCGCCCCCCGCCGGUCAAGGUCAGAGGCUGAGCCCGGCCUCCUACCCCACGGUCAUUCAGCAGCAGAAUGCCACGAGUCAAAGAGCUGCCAAAAACGGACCGCCGGUCAGCGACCAAAAGGAAGUCCUGCCUGCGGGAGUGACGAUCAAGCAGGAACAGAACCUGGACCAGACCUACCUGGAUGACGUUAACGAGAUUAUCAGGAAGGAGUUUUCAGGACCUCCCGCCAGCGACCAGACGUAAAAGCAGCCGUCACCGCAGCGCGCCUUCCACAGCGGACCCCUCGGAGCCCUCCGCUGCCCACCCCGCGCCCUCUGCUGCCCGGCUCCCGGCCCCGGAGGCCGCCCGCGGGAGCUGGCCGCCCGCCUCUGCCGACACCAGCGCCUGCUCUUUGCAUCUUCGCUUCAAAUCCCCGGGAGCAUCCCCGGCUGAACGUGUCGGCGUCCCAGCCAGCUGUUAAGUGCCUGCCUGCCAACCAAAGCGACGUUCGGACCGAGCGGGGCCCUGCAGCUCGCCUGCGACCUGAGUGGCUAGAGCCUGGGUUGACACGCUGGGGACAGACGGAGGCUCCAGUAAAACCCCAGCUCUCGCUUUCACGCCCCCGUGCCUCUCCCAGGGCGAGCACAUUGCAGGAACACGGCCCGCGGGUCCCAAGUCCUCGAUACACACACACACACACACACACACACCAUGGUCCUUAGGGCUGGCCCUGUUCAUGCCUCCGCGAAAGCUUUAGUCCUGAAUUUCCUCCUUCCGGAACAAAACUGCCUUCCCAGCCGGGACCACCCGUUACAGCGUCUCGGGAUUAAGUUAUGAUGUGUACAAGUUUGUUAGCUUCUUUUUUUGCUCUGCUUCGGAAAGCCGACGAAGGCGACUGGGGUGACGCCCUCCUAGCCAACUGCCCCUCAGCCCAUGGGCAGCGGGCGUGUGGUUUCCGCAGACCCAGGCAUGUCCCUGGUUCCCGGGAGCCAGGCCCUGGCUGAGGCCACCAGCAACCUCGUCCCCAGGGGCCCUGCCUGCCUUCUUCCUAGCAGCCAGAGAGCCGGGGUAUUUUCCCCCACGCAGCUCGUGCGUGGGAUUUUGAGGAAUUGGCAGAAGGGCGAAAGCAAUAAAAAAAAAAGUGCAAGUGUUUUUGUUAAGGAAAAAGGACCCAAGUGCUUCGUUAAGUGGAUUUCCAUAGAGAGAGAGAGACAGACAGACAGACAGGAGGGGCCGCUUCCCUCUCCACCACCAACCUAAGGCAGGUCAGGAAAGUUCAGUAUUGGCCCCAAUACUCAGUGGUCAUUUUUGCUGGACUCCCCCUCCCCCUCAAGUGUUGGCGCUGCAGCCGUGUCCCCAGCAGGUGUGUCCUAAUGGAAGCCACGCUACCACGGACUGAGUUCUGCACAGACCACCUGUGCGCUACGUGGAAAUGCAAUCCUAAAUUUCACCACAAAAAAAAAAAAGUUAAUCUGUGCAUAGUCCCCCCCUCCAUAAUACACCUUUUUUUUGAAAACCUUUUGUACGUUAUUUCUCCCUAGUAUUUCUCGCCACUGAGCUCACUCCUGGUCCUCGAGUCUUCCUCCACUGGGGCAGUUUUUGCAAACAAAACUGAGUUCCCAGCAGGUGAAUUUUCUGAGCGCAGCUGUGCUCCGAGGUCUGAAUCCCACACCCUCCAGGAUAAGCUGGGGCUUCCUCUCCCGUCACCUGUGGCACCCAGGAAACGCUCAGCCCGCUUCCAAAGACGCAGGGAGCUCGCUCAGCCCGCUGCCCAGGGGCCCAGGCCGGGUCUCCCAAGUCUGGCUUCCCUGCCCAGCUCACUCAGCGGUGAACCUGAGAGCUGGGCCUGUGCGCUCGCUCGUGCGUCGCCUCUGGUUACCAUCUGGCAUUGAUUUCCCCCAUGAACCGGGGCAGCUUCCGUCCCCCUGCCCCGAGCGUGGAGUUGAGAACCUCUCUCUGUCAGCACACAGAACGCCAGCGCGCAGCCAGCCAAGCGAGUCCCUGCAGGCGCGGCUCUGACCUUGGGAACUUUCUCUGCACCAGUGCUGGCUUCACCGGGGAGGAGAGCCUCCCACGUGGCAGGCGAUCUGUUUGCACUUGACCUGGCUCGGGGCCGGGUCCCGCACUUGAGGGGAUCGGGCCCUUCCUCUGUUAUCUCAGAGUCUCACCCAAGUGCCUUCCUGCUAUUGUAGCACACCGCUCAGCUCCAUUGUCCUCCGGGUGCGAUUUCCGUCUGUCUCCUACCCGGGUGAGCGUGUGGGGCCUGCAGCUGCCCCAGCUCCUGCACACGGACGGACGUGUGUGUCUGGGGGUGUGUCACACACCCACGGACGAACACCUCUGUUGCCACGUCGCGACGCGAUAGUACAGGAAGCGCUUUCAUCCCCGGCUCUACCAAAGAGCCAAGGAAAGGAAGAAGCCACAGCGCUGAGACGAACGGGUUAAGGAACGUGAAGGAGACGGCUAUCAGGAAGUUGGAGGAGUUGCACAUGCCAGGAGGCAGUGUUGCCGGGAGUGAUUGCUCAGUUCGCGAAGAGGCCACGAGGCCGUCCACGGCGCGAGGCCGGCCAUCAGGGGUCUCAGGAGAGGAGGGGUGUGUGUUGUGUGUCACACGUCCGGGAGAAGGGCUCGGUUACGUCGAGGUUUGC